GUAAGAAUUCAUUGAACAAUUUAGAAAUCAAUGAAAUAGGACGAUUUAUGGGUCUCGGUGGAGCGACGAGUGGAGAAGUGAUUGAUGAAUUGUUUGAUGAAUUCUUGAAAUUCAGGUGUUAAAAAUACUGGAAAGGACUGCAUCUGAUUGAGUUACUGAAGAUCUCGGGGGGCUGUAAUCAUCCAAAAAAGAUAAUACCAUGAUAAAAGAGUCAGUAAAAAAAUAUGGGAGAGGGGGUCAGCAAGAAAGACAAGUGGGUGCUGGUUAAAAGGGAGACACACGGGUUUUCAUGAAGAUCCGCAAUCGUCGGACAUCAGUCGGACUCGAAGACACGAGUUGACGAUUGCCAUCGGACAUAAAAAGUUCAAUCCAAUGACUUCGUGACGAUUUUUAUGUGACAAUCGGGGUGAUUCCCUCGUUGCUGGAUUACGGUGGUCCUUCAAAUUUAUUCUGGAUAGUGAAUAAUUAUCUGUGACAACAUGUCGAAGAAGCAGUGGAUGGUGCUGCUGAUGCUGUUCCUGACCUAUCUUCUUCUUGGUGCCUCGAUAUUUUAUCACAUUGAGAGCAGAUUGGAGAUUGAGAAGGUCCAGGCGGCCAGGAUGGAGCGCAUGGAAAUCUACGGUCUUCUUCAUGCUCACUACAUGCCAGAAUCCUCCGAAGCCCAACAUGAUGUAAUCCUGAAGAAACUCACAGACUACUGCGGUAAAUCCGUCUACAAUUACACCGAAACCGAAGAGGUGCCCCUGAAAUGGGACUUCUACAACAGUUUUUAUUUCGCGUACACCGUCGUCAGUACAAUCGGGUACGGGAAUUUGGCUCCAACGAAUUCCCUCGGGAGAAUUCUCAUGAUUUUUUACGGUCUCAUUGGAAUUCCCAUGAAUGGAAUUCUUCUGGCGCAAUUGGGUGAGUUCUUCUCCGGUGUCUUCAUCAGGGCCCAUCAGAAGUACAAGUCCUACAAGCAGCAUCACCAGGAUGAGUGCAAGAAAAAAUUAACUCCCCUGGAGAAUCGAAAAGCUGGUCUGGCUGUACAGAUUCUCAUGUACCUGGCACCUGGUUUCGUCAUGUUCAUAUUUUUUCCCGCAUUUUUAUUCUCUUAUUACGAGGAGUGGUCGUACGACGAGGCAGUUUAUUACGCCUUUGUUACACUAACGACUAUUGGAUUCGGGGAUUAUGUAGCUGGUCAAGACAACACAAAAGGUAGCGGCUUCUUCUUCAUCAUGUACAAGUCCUUCCUCAUAGCAUGGAUAUCCUUCGGUCUCGGGUACGUCGUUAUGAUAAUGGCCUUCAUAACGAGAGGAAUGAGAAGCAAGAGGAUAGUCCGUCUCGAGCAUAAAUUAGCAAUGAAUUUGAAACAAACGCAGAAUAGAAUAUGGAGUGAAUUCAACAAGGAGGUCGGCUACCUCAGACGUGUGUUUAACGAGCUGCAGCUGUCCAAAGUCAAGAGGGUUUACGUGGAUGAGUACGACUACGAGAUGCCGCCGGCGAAAUUGAUGAGGAGCAACAGCUUCCCAGAUAUUCGAGAACUCGUAUAUGGAGGACUUGCACCACCUACUCCACCACAUCCCAGGAGAAGAGCUAAUAGUGAAGUUGUGCCACUGGAGCCGCAGGUACCUAGAGUAGUCUCUGAAACCGAUCUCCAGCGGAUCGACAAAACCGCGACAUUUGCAACUCACGCGAUGGUCCAACCAGCGGAGCUCCUCGCACGUUUGGUGAAUAUUUUGGGUUACAUCCCACCACCCCCCGACGACGACGAGCAGACACCAGAGUGCGAUGGACGUCCAGGUGUCGAGGGUUUCAGUGACAAGGAGAUUCUCUCGACGGAGCGCACCUCACGCAGAUUUGGUCUGGAGAGAUCACCAUGCGGUAAACCUCGGUCCCGAGCAGCCAGUGAGGUUCGUCUUGACCCGAGAUUCGAUCCGAACACCUGCAGGAAUCAGGAGUGGACGUGGUCGGGUCCUGCGGCCUCGAGGAAGAUCCAGGAGCUCAUCAAAGCGCGUCGAGACGACGCGAAGACGAAGAAAGAGCGAGAGAAGGAGAAAGAAUCGAAAUCUAUUUUCCCAGCGCUAUCGAAAUCCGUUCCCUUACCAAAAUGGAUAAAGCAAUUGUCGACGAAGAGGGAAUCGAGGGCGCGUAAUUCAGUUUCAGCGGGAGAGCUCGAUGCAGAUGACGAGAAUUAUCUAUCAAACAUGAAUCCCCUGCCGUCCUCCUCCACGUAUUUUACUCACACGGGGGCGAACCUCCCGUCGUCCCUGGAGGGUAGUAAUCUCCUAGAGGAGACGUCUCUGGCGGAUUUCCUGCGGGCACUGACAGCCCUGCACACGAGAGUGGGGGCAGUGCCAGAGGAUUACGUGAAAAAGCCCCAACGAAAGAUGGGAACGGCCUCCCUGACGCCUCCCAAGCUCCCCAGCUUGUUGACCCUCUUCUCUCCACCAGGUUCCCUACCCCAGAGUAAUCAGACUACUGUGCAAUCAGAUCCCACAGGGAGGAGAUUCUCACUGAGGCCAGAAUCCUCUGGUACCUCAACUCCCAGUUACAGUCGUCACAGCACUGUGGCACCAGGUGUUAAAGUGAGAACUCGAAGAUUCUCUCUUCGCCCUGUGGCAACUCCCCUGGGGACGACCCCCGAGGCGUCUCCUUAUCUCUCAGGACAGAGCAGACAAUUCUCAAAUGAUCCACCACCUGCCUACACCCCGGACUCGCCUUUUGAAAGCCCCAAAGAGCCACUCGUCCAGAUGGAGGGCGCCCCGGGCUCCUCCUCCCCAGUUGCAUCUGGCAAUCGUCGAUUUUCCCUGAGACCUGCCCAACUGGAUACUCCUCCGGGUUCUGGAACACCCUCUGCCUCCAGGGCUGUGCCCCGGUGGCGAGCUGCUCUUUUACAGAGACAGAUCAAUCAUCUGAAGGUUCAGAAGAGAGCUAGGGCGUUCAGUCUCAGUGACGUUAACACCGAGGGGGCGAGAACUCCCGAGAAGAGUCUUGCCAUCAGUCCUCUGGCUCUGGAGCCCUCUGUCAAAACUAAUGCUGGAAAAUCCAAUCAGAAGACUGUCACGAUCGUUUCACCAAGUCAAGAGGAUAAAAAAAGUGAAGUCAAGACACGGAUGAGGAUUCCCUUCCUCAGGGCGAUAUCUGUCUCGAGUAAUCCCUUUAUUUCAGGCGUCACAAAUCCCAUCUUCGAUGAGAGAGAGAAAAAUGGAAUUUUUACCAGUGGAGGUGGUGAGAAAGAUUCCAGAGAUCAGAGGACUAUCUCAGACACCCCCAGACACUUCAAUCCUUCCAGUCCAGAGGCUCCAGCUCCCGGGGUAGAGUUACUGGAACAGAUUCCAGGAGCUGGACAUGAACCAGAGGAGAUUCCUGGUGCUUCUACGACUGCGAAAAACAUGGGAACUACUGAGAGAGAUCACAGGACUGAUAAGACGAGAAAAAUUUCGGUUGUAGCGAUUGGCACCUGGGGAGACGUCAAAGGAGGGGACAGGAAGGUGUCGACUGUCUCUGAGAACAGCUCCGGGGAGUCAACGAGCAGCAGAACUUUCUCGGGGCAGAGUCCUGGGGAUAAACCCAGGGUGUCUAUUGAUUCCUACAAACCUCUUCUCGAGGUUAAAAUUGAUAAACCGAGUGAGAAUGUCUUUGAGAGGUACCAGAGGGCUUCUAUGCAGAGCUCCUCUGAUGGAGAUUCCCUCCAGGAGGUCAGGGUCGAUGGGGUUCGAGGAAGAGAAGAGAGUAAAGUGUCUCUGGGGGUGGGUAAGGGCUCUCAGGAGUCCACAAGUUGAUGAGAAUUAAUCAGGGAAUUUUCAAGGAUACUGUGAUAGUACCUGUAAUUUAGGGUAUUUUAGGAAUUAAUCGAGAGGAAUUGUGAAUCAAAUAUUUGUGGAUUCUAUUGAUAAUCAGGAUGAAAGUAUUUAUGGAUAUGUUUGGAAGAGGAUGCGAUGAAAAGUUUGAAGAACUCGGCUGGCACGAGUUAUCCAGUUUUAAUUGUCCUAAAAUAUAUUUUAAUGCAGAUAUUUCUCCACGAGAAUUAU